GGUGCAUGGAAGGAGCAGCAGUACAGGGGGAAUCCGUGACAACAUGCUCACUUGUUUUCACAUGUUGCUUUACAUGUUGUCACAUUAACUUCCCAUAAGAUUACGUGAUCACAUGAAAACGUGUUUUCGGAACACUUCACGUGAAAUUAAUGUGGUUUUUCCGUAAGGGAAAUGUCAGAGCAUAGGUUGAACCAAGCGGGAAGCAAGGAUAUACGAUCUAUUAAGGUCAAGCUGGGAGUCCACAAUGUGCAGCAGGAGCAAGGUCAGGAAAGGCUUGUGAAACAGGCGUUUCUGCAUCCAAAUUAUGAUGAAGAAUAUAAUAAUGAUAUCAUGCUACUCAAAGCUGGAGGAGAUUGCAGUUUUCACCGACCAUGUGAGACCCAUUGGCCUCCCGCUGACAAAAGAUGAGGAGGUACCCAAGGACUGUCUGGUGUCAGGCUGGGGACACACUAUCAGGAAUGUAAAGCAAGGCUCCCCUGUGCUUCAGGACCUCAAUGAGACACUGGAUGAGAAUCAACUUUGCUCUGACAACCAUCAGGUCUGCUCAUCAGGACUAAAUGGACCUGCUCAGGGAGACUCUGGUGAUCCAUUAGUCUGUAAUGGUGUGGCCUAUGGGGUGGUGUCUACCAAGACUAGAAACAACAUCUACAUGCACAUCCCUGACUUCCUGGACUAGAUCAAUGACACCAUGAAGAAUUGAUAUGUCACUGACCAGAAACAUUCUGUUAAUUUGGUCAACCAGGUGCCUAGAACAUGACUAUGAUACUGUGAAGAAUCCUAAUGUGCUUAUCCUGCUUUCUGAUUGAUUUACCAGUGCUGGUUAAUGUCUUUGCCCAGAGCCACCUCUUCCUAAUACUUUUUGUUUUCUUUUCCAGUGGAGUUCUCAACUUACUGAUGAGAGUUUGAAAAGUAGAAUACACAAGGUGCCAUUUUGAAAUUUGGUUGUGCAUCAGCAGUUUAAAAAAAAUCUCAGUCAGACAGUCAUUCAAUUAACCCAUGCUAGCUAAACAAUUUGUAUUGCUAGGUAAGGUAGUCUAGCCAGCUAUCUAAACCUUGUAGAUGGCCUAAUCAUCACCAAAUUACCGACCGGGCACGUAGGGCAUGUACCCAGGGGCCCUGACCUCUAGGGGCCCCCAUUGAUUUGUUAGUCACUCU